CGGCAGAAGAGGCGCUUGCUUGGGGGAGCCGAGAAGCAGACACCUCGGGGUCCGAAGCGCAGCCGGGGAGCUAGGCGCUGCGCCUCGUGCUGCACCCGGGACACGCUCGCUCGGCUCGGCUCGGCUCGGGACCAGGGGCCAGGGCCGCCGGGCACUGAACAACGCCUGGUGCACAAACUUCUCGUUAAAUCGGGGAGCCCCCGCCCCCCCCCCCAGUCUCCGGGACCGCGGCGGGCGGCGCCCUCGACUACUUUUCAGCGCGGGAGGAGCAGGGGAAAGCCGGGGAGCUGAGUUUCCUGGAAGCGGCGCCUGGCACAUGGAGUGAGCGCUCCCGGGAGCCCUGCGCACCAUGGGGCGCUGCUCCCCGGCUGCAGACCCGGAUCCUUAGCCCCUCACCCCUGCUCCUCGGGACUCGCGGAGCUCAGGCGGCCUCCUAGUCCUCUCGCUAGCCGCCGGAGCCGGAGGGUCGGGGGCGGCCCCGGCAUGGAGUUGCACGCGCUCUGUGGAUUCCUGUACUGGCUGCUGCUGCCGCUCUCCCUUCUAGCGGCCUGCCUGUUCCGAUUUAAUGGUCUGUCCUUUGUUUAUCUACUUUUUCUGCUGCUCUUACCCUGGUUCCUGGGACCCACCAAACACAACAUUAGAGGUUCCACAGGCCACCUUCUUCGAGCUCUCCUGUGUAUCAGCGUCCUCUUCCUCAUCGCUCACGUUGCCUUUCAGAUAUGCCUGUACACAGUGCCUGGCCUGGAUGAGCUACUCGGAACCAACUGCAGUUCCUGGGAGAUUCUGGCCUGUCAUGUGGGGAUCACCAGACUGAACUUGGAUGACAUCCCCAACACCCUGCGCUUGGUGGCCCCAGACCUGGGCAUCCUUGUGGUCUCCUCCAUCUGCUUGGGCCUCUAUAACCGCCUUGUGAAGCAGGCCCGCCGAGCCCGGCGUUCAAUGGUCCUGGAGCCACAGGAACAGGACAAUGAUGAGAGAGAGACCAAUGCCAACCAUCAAGUGUGUCCACAAGGAAUUCCAGAGGAGGCCUCGAAUCGGGCAUCCCGCCUGGCUGUGAAGCUCAGGGUCACCGUCCACUGGCUGCUGAAAGCGAUGGGGAACACCCUGGCCAUUGUAUUGCUAGCUCUGGCAGGCAUCACUUUGCCCUCUGCCUUCUCCAGCACCUACUACUUGCUGUUCCUGGGCCUCUGCACCUGGUGGGCCUGCCACUUCCCCAUCAGCCACCUGGGCUUCAACGCUCUCUGCGUGAUGAUUGGCUUCUUCUCCGGUGGCCACCUCAUCUGCCUCUACUGCUAUCAGACGUCCUUUAUUCAGACACUGCUCCCACCUGCUGGCAUCUGGGCCAGGGUUUUUGGUCUCAAGGACAUCAUCAGCCUCACCAACUGCACCAACCCCAACGCGCUGGUCCUUAACACCAGCCACGACUGGCCCGUGUAUGCGAAUCCGGGCGUUCUGCUGCUGCUGUACUAUACCGUGGUCUUGCUGCUCACGCUGAGGAGGCUGGACCCCUCUGAGCAGGAUCAGAAGGAGGAUGCUGAGGGAGAACAAGAAGUGGAGCUGAUGGAGGUGGGCCAGGCGCCACAGGGUCGGGGGCGAGCCAUGGAGGAAACCAAGAACAUGCUGCCAGGGAGUCCCACCAGCUCCACAGAGAACUGCACUAUCCACGUCUUGAACAGCCAGACACCGACCCAGCAUCGGCCGGGAAGUAAUCAAGCUGAGCCCAAGGAGACCUCCCCGCUGCAUGCCCUUGGCCAUGUCAUCAUGAACCAGAGCUAUGUGUGCGCUCUCAUCGCCAUGAUGGUGUGGAGCAUCACCUACCACAGCUGGCUGACCUUUGUCCUGCUGCUAUGGGCCUGCCUCAUCUGGAUUGUCCGGAGCCGUCACCACUUUGCCAUGCUGUGCUCCCCCUUCAUCUUGCUGUACGGGCUGGCCCUCUGCAGUCUACAGUACGUCUGGGCCAUGGACCUGGAGCCCGAACUCCCCAAGAAGGUCGGCUUCAUGAGCUUGCACCAGCUGGGGCUGGAGCACACUCGCUAUCCCUGCCUUCACCUGGGAGCCAUGCUGCUCUGCACUCUGACCUUUUGGCUCCUGGUGCGUCAGUUUGUGAAGGAGAAGCUACUUAAGAAGAAGCAGCCUCCAGCCACCCUCAGAGAGGUCACCGUGAGUGAGUUUGGAGAGCACACACGGACCCGGGUCUUACUCAAGAAGUUGGGGGAGUUGGUGACAGAUUUUUAUGCCAAGUACUGGAUCUACGUCUGUGCGGGCAUGUUCAUUGUUGUCAGCUUUGCUGGACGCCUCGUGGUCUACAAAAUUGUCUACAUGUUUCUCUUCCUGCUCUGCCUCACCCUCUUCCAGGUCUACUACAGCCUAUGGCGCAAGCUGCUAAAGGUGUUCUGGUGGCUGGUGGUGGCCUAUACAAUGCUGGUGCUGAUUGCUGUCUACACCUUCCAGUUCCAGGAUUUCCCCAUGUAUUGGCGCAAUCUGACUGGCUUCACUGAUGAACAGUUACAAGACCUCGGGCUGGAGCAGUUUAGUGUGUCCAAGCUUUUCUACAGCAUCCUCAUCCCCGGCUUCUUCCUCCUCGCCUGCAUUCUCCAGCUGCACUACUUUCACCAGCCUUUCAUGCGCCUCACUGACCUGGAACACAUCCCACCCCCUGGCAGCCGCCACCAGCUGUGGGCUCAGAGGCUGGAGGAGGACAGCAGGGCACUGCUGCAGGACGAGGAGGGGGACCCCAGGGAACAGCCCGGUGGGGUUGGGCCUGGCCCUGGCCCCGACAGCACUGACUCGGACUGUGAAGACUCACCCAGUAAGUGGGGCCUGGUGGCCGAGCGGCUGAUGGUGCUUGCGGGCCGCUUCUCUGACAUGCUGACCCAGGUGCAGGUGUUUGUCCGGCGCCUGCUGGAGCUCCAUAUCUUUAAGCUGGUGGCCUUCUACACGGUCUGGGUGGCCCUGAAGGAGGUGUCCGUGAUGAACUUCCUGCUAGUGGUGCUGUGGGUGUUUGCCCUGCCCUAUCCCCGCUUCCGUCACAUGGCCUCCUGCCUCUCCACCGUCUGGACAUGUAUCAUCAUAGUCUGCAAAAUGCUCUACCAGCUGAAGAUUGUCAAUCCCCACGAAUACUCCAGCAACUGCACUGAGCCAUUUCUCAACAGCACUAACCUGCAGAAGUCUGAGAUCAGCAAUUCCAUGCUCUACCAGAAGCCAGUGGACCCUGCCAACUGGUUCGGCAUCCGCAAGGAUGUCUCAAACCUUGGUUACAUCCAGAACCACCUGCUGAUCCUCCUCUUACUGGUGUUUGAGGCCAUCGUGUAUCGGCGCCAGGAAUAUUACAGGAAACAGUACCAGGUGGCUCUGCCCCCUGCCCAGAUUGUCUGCCCCGAGGGCACCCGUCACCACCUGGACCGAGGUCUUCUCAGCUGUGCCAAGUACUUCAUCAACUUCUUCUUCUAUAAGUUUGGCCUGGAGAUCUGCUUCCUGAUGACGGUAAAUGUGAUUGGUCAACGCAUGAACAUCAUGGUGAUCAUACAUGGCUGUUGGCUGGUUGCCAUCCUUACUCGCCGGCGCCGGGAGGCCAUUGCCCGCCUCUGGCCCAACUACUGCCUCUUCCUGGCUCUCUUCCUGCUCUACCAGUAUCUACUGUGUGUGGGCAUCCCCCCUGCCCUCUGCAUUGAUUACCCGUGGCGCUGGAGCAAAGCCAUUCCCAUGAACUCUGCACUCAUCAAGUGGCUGUACCUGCCCGAUUUCUUCAUGCGUCCCAACUCUACCAACCUCAUCAGUGACUUCUUGCUGCUGCUGACUGCCUCCCAGCAGUGGCUGGUGUUUGUGGCCGAACGGACUGAGGAGUGGCAGCACGUGGCCGGACUCAACACAGACUACCUAGAGCCACUGCGUGGGGAGCCGAACCCUGUGCCCAACUUCAUCAACUGCAGGUCCUACCUAGACAUGCUGAAAGUGGCCGUGUUCCGCUACCUCUUCUGGCUGGUGCUGGUGGUGGUGUUCAUCACGGGCGCCAACCGCAUCAGCAUCUUCGGCCUGGGCUACCUGCUCGCCUGUUUCUACCUGCUGCUCUUUGGGACCACGCUGCUGCAGAAGAGCACUAAGGCCCAGCUAGUGCUGUGGGACUGCCUCAUCUUGUACAACAUCACCGUCAUCAUCUCAAAGAACAUGCUCUCGCUCCUCUCCUGCGUCUUCGUACAACAAAUGCAGAAUAAUUUCUGUUGGGUCAUCCAGGUCUUCAGCCUGGUGUGCACCGUUAAAGGCUACUAUGACCCCAAAGACAUGAGCAAGGACCAGGACUGUAUAUUGCCCGUGGAGGAGGCUGGCAUCAUCUGGGACAGCAUUUGCUUCUUCUUCCUCCUUCUGCAGCGACGCAUCUUUCUUAGUUACUAUUUCCUGCAUGUCAUGGUUGACCUUAAGGCCACAGCACUCCAGGCCUCCAGGGGCUUUGCUCUGUAUAAGGCCUCCAUCCUUAAGAGCAUCAACUUCCAUCGGCAGAGAGAGGAAAAAUCCUUGGCACAGCUGAAAAGACAGAUGGAGAGGAUCCGGGCCAAACAGGAGAAACAUCGCCUGGGGCGAACAUCCAGUGAAUGCCCUGAGGACACAGAUCAAGACCCAAAGCCAGGUGGCCCGAGCGGCUCUUCCCAACCCAGAAGGCAAUGGUGGCGGCCCUGGUUAGACCAUGCCACAGUGAUCCACUCUGGGGAUUACUACCUGUUUGAGUCUGACAGUGAGGAAGACGAGGAGGCGCUGCCUGAGGACCCCCGGCCUUCAUCACAGAGUGCCUUCCAGAUGGCGUAUCAGGCAUGGGUGACCAAUCCUCAGACUGUCUUGAGAAGACGACGGCAGGAGCAGCAGCAACAAGAGGCCAGGGAAGGCCCCUCCGGGGGACAGCUGGACGGAAGCACUGAGCAAUCAGAGUCUGAGCUGUCAGAGAGCCAGGAAGAAGAGGUUCCAGGCAGGAACAACGUGAUGCAGCGCCUCCUGAAUAUCUUGCAUUUCCUGUGGGUGCUGGGCCAGGCAGGGGUGGAUGGGCUGACCCAGUGGCUCAAUACCUUCACUCAGCAUCACACCACCAUCUCCACCGUGCUUCGGGCUGAACGCUAUGUCCUCACGCAGGAGCUGCUCAAGGGAGGUGAUGUUCAGCGGGGUGUGCUGGAUGGCUUGUACCUGAAGGAAGAAGAGGACUUCGGGGUGCAGAGCCCCGCCAGUAGAGAUUUCCUGAGCAGCACGACUUCAAGUGGUCACGGGGCAGAGGAGAUGCUCAGCAGUGCGACUGAAUACACAGGGGCUACAAGCCCCCUGACCACAGGCUAUAACACCCAGAGCAACAGUGAGGAGCUCACUGGGGGCGUAGACACCCCGGAAGAUGGAGACUCAAUCCAGGGCUCCCAAGAGCUCUUGGCCCACCCAAGCAUCCGGACCAGGACAGCGAGUGAACUGCUUCUCAACAGGCGAUUCAGGUUCGAGGAGCUGGAGGCCUCGGAGCACUUCUACACAAACCAGGGCCGGACGCUGAGGUUGCUGCAGGCCCUCUACCUCUUUGUGGCUGCCCACUCAGAGCUGGUCUGCUAUUUCAUCAUCAUCCUCAACAACAUGGUCUCGGCCUCCACUGCCUCCCUGGUGCUGCCUGUGCUGGUCUUCCUCUGGGCCAUGCUGUCCAUACCCCGGCCCAGCAAGCGCUUCUGGAUGACCGCCAUCAUCUUCACCGAGGUGAUGGUGGUGAUCAAGUACCUGUUCCAGUUUGGCUUCUUCCCCUGGAACAGCUCGUCUGUCCUGCGGCGCUAUGAGAACAAGCCCUACUUUGCACCCAGAAUUCUGGGCCUGGAGAAGACUGACGGCUAUAUCAAGUAUGACCUGAUUCAGCUCCUCGCCCUUUUCUUCCACCGAUCCCUGCUGCUGUGCUAUGGUCUGUGGGACCACGAAGGGGACACGUUUAUCAAGGAGCAGGACCAAGCGGAAGACCAAGAGAAGCAGGUGGAAGAGGAGGCCAGGCUGGAGCUGGUCACUCAGGACGACGCGGGAACUGGGGCUCAGGAGCAGCAGGAGGCUCAGGAGCAAUCGGGGGCUCAGGAGCAGCAGGAGGCUCAGGAGCAGCCGGGGGCUCAGGAUAGCAUCCAGACUGAAGAUGAAAUCCGGGUGGAGGAUGGGAGUCAGGACGGAGCCCCAGGUCAGGCUAAAGGACCCAAGGACACAAGACGUCUCAGCCUUCGCUUUAGGAGGAAGAAGAAGAGCAAAGAACCCUCGGGCGCAGUGGCCAUCGAGGAGGAGGAAGAACGGAAGGAAAGAAAAGAGAAGAGGAGGAGCCAUCUCCGGGAGAAGGUGAAGGCUACAGGACUCGAGAUCCGACGCUUCUUCAAGUCUAUGGUGCAGAAUACAUACCAGCCUAUACGUCAGUUCUUCUGGGACAUCCUCCAUACCCAGUACCGUGCAGCCACUGACGUCUAUGCCCUGAUGUUCCUGGCUGACGUUGUUGACUUCAUCAUCAUUGUCUUCGGCUUUUGGGCCUUUGGGAAACACUCGGCCGCCACCGACAUCACCUCCUCGCUGUCGGAUGACCAGGUGCCUGAGGCCUUCCUCGUCAUGUUACUCAUCCAAUUUGCCACCAUGGUCAUCGACCGGGCCCUGUACCUGCGCAAGACAGUGCUGGGAAAGCUCGUCUUCCAGGUCACCCUUGUGUUUGGAAUCCAUUUCUGGAUGUUCUUCAUCCUGCCCGCUGUCACUGAGAGGAUGUUCAGCCAGAAUGCCGUGGCCCAGCUGUGGUACUUUGUGAAAUGCAUCUACUUUGCCUUGUCAGCAUACCAGAUACGUUGUGGGUACCCCACCCGCAUCCUGGGCAACUUCCUCACCAAGAAAUAUAAUCACCUCAACCUCUUCUUGUUCCAGGGAUUCCGGCUGGUGCCAUUCUUGGUAGAGCUGCGGGCUGUGAUGGACUGGGUGUGGACGGACACGACAUUAUCCCUGUCCAACUGGAUGUGUGUGGAGGAUAUCUAUGCCAACAUCUUCAUCAUCAAGUGCAGCCGAGAGACGGAGAAGAAAUAUCCACAGCCCAAAGGGCAGAAGAAAAAGAAGAUUGUCAAGUAUGGUAUGGGGGGCCUCAUCAUCCUCUUCCUCAUUGCCAUCAUCUGGUUCCCACUGCUGUUUAUGUCUCUGGUGCGCUCUGUGGUCGGUGUGGUCAACCACCCCAUUGAUGUCACUGUCACCCUCAAGCUUGGUGGCUAUGAGCCCUUGUUCACUAUGAGUGCCCAGCAGCAGUCCAUCGUGCCCUUCACACCUGACACCUAUGAAAAGCUGACCAGGAAAUUUGACCCUUUGCCGCUGGCCAUGCAGUUCAUCAGCCAGUACAGCUAUGAGGACAUUGUCACGGCCCAAAUCGAGGGCAGCUCGGGGGCCCUGUGGCGCAUCAGCCCCCCAAGCAGGGAACAGAUGAAGAAGGAGCUGUACAAUGGCACAUCGGACAUCACCCUCCGGUUCACCUGGAACUUCCAGAGGGACCUGGCCAAGGGAGGCACCGUGGAGUACACCAACGACAAGCACACGAUGGAUCUGACCCCCAACAGCACUGAGCGGAGGCAGCUAGCCGGCCUACUGGAGGGAACCACCAGCAAGCCUGUGGUCAUCCCCAACCUCUUCCCCAAAUACAUUCGUGCUCCCAAUGGUCCUGAGGCCAACCCAGUCAAGCAGCUACACCCGGAUGAGGAGAAAGACUACUUGGGGGUGAACCUGUCCUUACAGCGGAAUCAGGUGGGAGGCAGCUUCCUUGAGUGGUGGGUGAUCACUAUCCAGGACUGUCAGCCAGACUGCAAUAUCUUGCCCAUGGUCAUCUUCAGCGACAAGGUCAGCCCCCCCAGCCUGGGCUUCCUGGCUGGAUACGGAAUCAUGGGGCUGUAUGUGUCAAUCGUGCUGGUCAUCGGCAAGUUUGUUCGAGGCUUCUUCAGUGAGAUCUCACACUCCAUCAUGUUCGAGGAGCUGCCCUGCGUAGACCGCAUCCUGAAGCUAUGCCAGGACAUCUUCCUGGUGCGGGAGACCCAGGAACUGGAGCUGGAGGAAGAACUAUACGCCAAGCUCAUCUUCCUCUAUCGUUCCCCGGAGACCAUGAUCAAGUGGACCCGGGAAAAGGAGUAGGAGCGGGGUGGGGGGGGGGUGUAUGUGUCCUCCCCAGCCAGGCCCCAGAAGUGUCAGCAGGAAAAGGAUGGGUUCCAGGUGUGAGGAGCCUGAAACAGGAUGUGGGCCUGUGCCCCAUCUCCCUGCCCCUAACCCCAGAGGGCUCCCUCACUGAAGGCUGAAGGCCUGUGCCCAUCUCCUGUGCCCCCGACCCCCCAGAGGGCUCCCUCACUGAAGGCUGCAGGAUGUGGGCCUGUGCCCAUCUCCUCUGCCCCCGACCCCCCAGAGGGCUCCCUCACUACAGGCUGAAGGUCUGUGCCCAUCUCCCUGGCACUGCCCCCCGAGGGCUCCCUCAGUGCAGGCUGUGUGCUUGUCCCCACCUGGGAGGCUCACAGACUUCAUGGGCAGGGCACUGUUGGCAGAGCCUGCUGCUCCCCUGCCCAGCCUCCCCACUGAGCCUCGGGAGUACACAGCAGGUAUUGAUACUGCCUGGCCAGAAGGCUACAACCCACAUCUGAGGAAGCACCCCCAGACCAGGGCUACUGGGCCAAAUGGUCAGCCCCAGUCUACCAACUUUUGGACCAGAAGCAGAGCAGCCUCCACCCUGG